AUGAAUUCAAUAGAGUCUUUUGUUACACCAAGUGUGACUCAAAUAGAUUCAAAUAACAAAAAUUCAAUCCCAGAGUCAUCUUUAGAUUUAUCAGAACAACAAUGGAUAGAUACAGAAGAUAUUAAUCUCAAAUUACAAUACUUAGUUGACAGUUCAAGAACAAAUUUUGAAGAAUAUGAUUCUGCUCUAGAUCAAGAAGAUAUUGGUUCUUCACCAGCAAGUUUAACUUCAUAUGAAUCUUUAUUAGGUGAUGAUGAAUCAAUGGCAACACCAUCUUUCUCCAUGGAUAAUGGAUUACCUUCACCAGAUAUACUGAACAACACAAACCUGAAUAAAUAUGUUCCUUUUCAUAAUAAUUAUCAUCAACAACAACAGCAACAACCUCAUCAAAUGCAUACAUCACAACCACAUCCGCUUUAUUUAACAAAUUUACCAAAUGGUAUGAAUCCAUCUCAACCAAGAAAUUUAAAUCCAUUCAUGCUAACGCCAUUAGGAACACCAAGUGGAUUUGAGUUGAAUGAAAGUUCAGGCUCUAAGGUGUCACAAUAUGAUAUGGAACAAUAUAGAAGGGUAAUGCAACAAACACAAGAUUUUUCAGUUGCAGAUAUCAAUUCAACAGGUCAAAUCAAAGCUGAUCAAUUAUAUAGUUCCUUCCAAGGACAGUUCGUUUCAAAUGAAAUUUAUCCACAAGUCAUUACAGCAGAGAUACCCACCAAUACAACCUUAGGAUCAGCACAAUCUACAAUUACACAACCUUCAUCCGCUGGAUCUUUAACAAAUGGAGAUACACCUGCUUCAUCAAUCCCACCAUUAACCGCAAGUUAUUCAUCUUUAUCAUCUUCUAACUUAUCAACACCAAUGUCUGCAAAGAGAAAGAAUAUUCUACGGAAAAAUAGAGUUAAAAAACCUAAAACUCCAAAAGUUAUUUAUGAUGAGAAUUCCAAACCAAUUGCACAACAACUUCAAGAAAAUAGAGAAAUUUGGGAAUCUAUAAUAACCAAAAAGAAGAAAGGUAUCUAUAAAUGUACGCAUUGUACUGAAAUUUUCAAAGAUCUCAUAGAUUUAGCCAAACAUAUGGAUGCAAACAAAAUAGCACGUCAACAUAAAUGUCCAUUUGAAAAUUGUCCUUGGUCAAUUAUUGGUUUACCAAGACGUGCGGAAGUUAGAAGACAUUGUGCUGCUCAACAUGCUUAUGUUAUUACAUUUGACACUGAUAAAGCUAGAAAUCCAAAUGAGCAAGCUGAUGGAACACCAGUUCCAAGUGAAAUGCAUCAAGUUGUUGAGAAAUAUCGCUGUGAAUUUGAUAAUUGUGAUAAAUCAUUCAAAAGAAAAGAUGCUUUACAAAGGCACGAAAAAUUAGUUCAUUUUAAUCCAGAGAGUAGAUUCAAUAAAAGAAUGGAAAAAGUACAACAAAAUAAAUUAAAAAAACAACAAAGUGCUGAAAUAUAG